CCCCUCUCUUUCUAAACCUCCGCCUUCUCUCUCUCUCCAAACCCUGGAAUUUCUCGCUCUAAACCCGCCACAGAGGCUUAGGCAAGAACUGGCUAACUCUCAGGAAGCUCUGGAAGACACUGAUUCCAGCAAUCGAAGGGUGGUGUUCGCCCUUUAUGAUGCCCUAAGCUCCCACGACGUGGACACGGUUCACCAGAUCGUCGCCCCCGACCUCGAGUGGUGGUUCCAUGGUCCGCCGACCCACCAGUUCUUGAUGCGCAUCCUCACCGGCUCCCAAAAAGAACCCUUUCAGUUCGUCCCCCAGUCCAUCGCCUCCUUCGGCCCCACCGUCCUCGUCGAGGGCUGCGACCGCGACUGCUCCAUUUCCUGGGUCCACGCCUGGACUGUCGCCAAUGGGGUAAUCACCGGGGUCCGCGAGUACUUCAACACUUCCCUCACCGUCACGCGCCUCGGAAACCACACCCAGAACAACUCUCCCGCCGCCUCCGCUAAAUCCUCGCCGUCCGGGUUUUCCUCCAAGUCGUCGUCGUCGUCGUCGACAUCCGCGAUUACCUCGUUCCAUUGCCCGUCCGUUUGGGAGAGCAGCGUCUCGGUCGGAAAGUCCGUGCCGGGUCUGGUCCUCGCAAUCUAAAAGCCACAACAACAAUCCCCUGCGGUCCUGUGCAGUGGAGUCUAAUACUACUAAAUAAGCGGGAGCUGAGGUGUCAUAACCUCAUUGGCUGUCCGGUACUCGUUAUGGGCUGAACUGCUGAAGUCCUAUCCUACUGUAUUUCUUUCUCGCUUUUUCGUUUCUCUUCUUUUCUUGAAAUUUCGUUUGUGUGUGGUGCUGGUGUUGGGUGUAACCAUGGGGUCGAGGCUCUUUUGGUCUUAUCCUGACGCGGCUGUAGCGGUGUUAUGGUACUCUUUUAUUUCAAUAAAGACGUGUUUGCUUAAUAA